AUGCCUGACUUGAUGGAUGUCGAUACAGAGUCCCCAAGAGGCACAAAAAGGAAGGCAGAUGAUGUGUCACUAGAAGUAUCGGCCCCAAGAAGGAUCAGAGCUCUUGAUCCUGAUGUUGUCAACAAGAUCGCCGCUGGCGAGAUUAUAGUAGCGCCUGUUCAUGCUUUGAAAGAGCUGAUAGAAAAUGCCGUUGAUGCGGGUUCGACAUCUCUUGAAGUGCUUGUCAAAGAGGGCGGAUUGAAACUUUUGCAAAUUACUGACAAUGGCCAUGGAAUCGCUAAAGAAGAUUUGCCAAUUUUGUGUGAGCGCUUCACUACUUCGAAGCUCAAAGAGUUUGAGGACUUGUCCUCGAUUGGGACCUAUGGGUUUCGAGGGGAGGCCCUGGCCAGUAUAAGCCAUAUCGCGCAUCUUACUGUUACCACCAAGACAAAAGAUUCUAAUUGUGCUUGGAGAGCGAAUUAUGAUAGUGGGAAGUUGAUUCCUGCGAAGCCGGGCCAAAGUGCAGAUCCCAAGCCCACAGCGGGGCGUCAAGGGACGCAAAUUACUGUUGAGGAUCUUUUCUACAACGUCCCAACUCGUCGUCGUGCGUUUCGAUCCGCAUCUGAAGAGUAUAACAAAAUCCUCGAUGUUGUGGGGAGGUAUGCCGUCCACUGCGAAGGUGUUGCUUUCAGCUGUAAGAAGCACGGGGAAGCAGGUACGACAAUCUCUACUCAAUCGAAUGCUUCAACACUGGAUAAAAUUCGGCAAAUCCACGGAAGUGCAGUGGCAAAUGAGAUGAUAGAAUUCACAUCCUCGGAUGAACGAUGGGGAUACAAGGCACGGGGAUGGACUACGAAUGCCAAUUAUCACGUUAAACGGACUACUUUACUUUUGUUCAUCAAUCACCGUUCUGUCGACUCGACCAAUAUACGAAAGGCCAUCGAGCAAACAUACUCAACAUUUCUACCUAAAGGGGGCCAUCCUUUUACAUAUAUAAGCCUUGAAAUCGACCCUCAACGGGUGGAUGUUAAUGUUCACCCCACGAAACGAGAGGUCAACUUCUUGAAUGAAGAUGAGAUAAUCGAAAAGGUUUGCGGCGAUAUUCGAGUGAAGCUUGCGAAUGUCGACGUUAGCAGAACGUUCAUGACUCAAACCCUCCUCCCGGGUGUUCGAGUGCCUUCAUCAAAGGCAGGUCAAGACGAUGGUGAUACAUCUACUGGCAACGCUGGUCCAGUUGCUACACCAAAGCAAAGACCGUAUGAAAAUAACUUAGUCCGCACCGAUGCAAAGAUUCGCAAAAUUACAAGCAUGUUACCACCCAGCGCCUCGAAAGGUGGUGCAGAGACAUCAAGCUCUGGUCCAGACCGCCAAGGAGACGCAGAAUACGAGUACUCUGACCGAGAACUCGUUACCUACCGUCUCCUCACAAUCAAAGGACUGCGUGCCGAAGUCCGCGACGCAAUGCACAAUGAGCUGACCGAGGUAUUUGCUAGCCAUACAUUCGUUGGUGUAGUCGACGAGCGUCGCCGCCUGGCAGCCAUCCAAGGCGGCGUGAAGCUCUAUCUUGUCGACUACGGCAUGAUCAGCAACGAGUAUUUUUAUCAAGUCGGCCUCACAGAUUUUGGUAAUUUCGGGGCAAUCCGCUUCGACCCUCCUCUAAAUCUCCGUGAGCUGCUUUCUCUAGCCGCUGAGCACGAGAAAACCUCCACCCCGGCUACAACAGAGGAAGAGGAUUUCGACGUUCAGGACGUCGUCGACACAGUCGCCACUCAACUCAUCGAGCGGCGAGAUAUGCUCCUCGAAUACUUCUCCCUGGAGAUCUCCGAGGAGGGCGAGUUAAUCAGCAUCCCUCUUCUAGUAAAAGGAUACACACCAAGUCUGGCCAAACUGCCACGCUUUCUUCUCAGAUUAGGGCCACACGUGAAUUGGAAGGGCGAGAAAGAGUGCUUUGACACCUUUUUGCGCGAACUUGCCUCGUUUUACGUCCCUGAGCAGCUCCCACCAACCCCUGGACCUGGAGAUUCCAAAGAGGAUGGCGAUGAUACGAUCAAGGCUAGGAGACAAGAUGUCAUCCGCGCUAUAGAGCAUGUGCUAUUCCCGGCCUUCAGAGCAAGGCUAAUUGCGACGAAAUCGCUGAUGAAUCGUGGUGUGGUGGAGGUGGCGAAUCUAAAGGGCUUGUAUAGAGUUUUCGAGAGGUGUUAA